CUCGUAUCUGUCAGAUCUGGAGGCAUGCCAGCACCCGCCCUCUGUGGAAGUUGACAAGUGCGCCUCCCACUCCUCCGAAACGUUUGUUUGACAGACCCAUCGUUGCAGGCUGCAGCCUCUGGCUGUUUCUUUUUUUUUUUUUUUAAAAAAAAGAAAGGCAAGCUCACAGCCACAGAUUAUUGCAUUUAGCUCACAAACCGGUGCGGAGUAAAAGAACCUACAGAGAGAGGAGUCUUUAGAGAUUUGGAGAGAUUUUAGCGCAUUUUGGAGACGGAACAGCUUUGCGCGUAAAAGGCACCACUGAAGGGGAAUAUCCAUACAUCCAGAUAUUUUUUUGAUAUUUUUCUGUAUUUCAUUUAUUCGUGAGACUGAAGGAUUGUGGAUCGUGACAUUUGGCACCUGUGGAUGCAACACCUGAUGUUUGGACUUGCAAAAGAAAGGAUUCAGCACAAGAUAUAGUUGAUAUUCGAUUAAAAAUUUACAUUUUACAAUUUUCAUUUUGCGACAUUGAACCUCGCCAUGCUGCUGAGCGUCUCCCUCCUGCUGAGCGUCAUCACCGGCUGCUGCGUCGCGUCCUACGUGCCGUGCCAGCCGUGCGACCAGAAGGCUCUGUCCAUGUGCCCGCCGGUGCCGGUCGGCUGCCUGCAGCUCGUGAAGGAGCCCGGCUGCGGCUGCUGCCUGACGUGCGCGCUCGAGGAGGGCCAGCCGUGCGGCGUUUACACGGGGCCGUGCACGCGCGGGCUCCGCUGCCUGCCCAAGAACGGCGAGGAGAAGCCGCUGCACGCGCUCCUGCACGGGCGCGGCGUGUGCAGGAACGAGAAGCUCUACAAGCUGCUGCACCCGUCCAAAGAAUCUCUCGACGACGCCGUGCUACCCGUCCCGGAGUCCGUGCAGCCCCAAACCAAGGCGCCCUUAUAUGGCAGGGACCACAUCAGCAGCCGGAAGGCCCAGGCCAUGAGGCAGGCCAGGGACCGCAAGAAGCAGCUGGCUAGGCAGGGACCCGCCAGCCACCUGGACUUCUCCCCGCUCAGCCUGGAUAAACUGGAGCCGGAGUUCGGCCCCUGUGGGAGAAGACUGGAUAAUCUCAUUCAGAGCAUGAAGGACACUUCUAGGGUCUUGGCUCUCUCUCUGUACAUCCCCAACUGUGACAAGAAGGGCUUCUUCAAGCGCAAACAGUGUAAGCCGUCUCGCGGUCGCCGGAGGGGCAUCUGCUGGUGCGUCGACCGGUUCGGCGUGAAAAUCCCCGGCAUCAACUACGCCGGAGGAGACCUGCAGUGCAAAGACCUGGACAGCAGCAGCAACAGCAACGAAUGAGAGUGAACUACUUUAAAAAAAAAAAAAAAAAAACUGCCAAUCAAGCUAGCACACUUAAUGACUGCCAGUCAGGAAAAUAUGGCACAAAUGCUUCUAUAUAUGGUCAGGUGUGAUGGACUGUUUUUUCUGUUUUUAAAAAGGGGAGCUAAACUGAAAAGCGUCCCCACUGACCGUGUACUAUGUUUGAGGUUAGCUAACACCUCGCCUCUUUAUAUCCAUAGAGAAUAGAGGAUUAUAUAUAUAUAUAUAUAUUUGUAUGAUAUUGAUAA